AUGCAGACUGCUUCUACAAACAUUUGUGAAAGACUGUGCAGUAAGUCCAUCCGGGAAAUUUCCUUUCUACUAAAUAUUCCAUGGUCAACUGUUAGUGGUAUUAUAACAAAGUGGAAGCAACUGGGGACAACAGCAACUCAGCCACAAAGUGGUAGGCCACAAAAAAAAAUGACAGAGCGGGGUCAGCUCAUGCUGCAGAAGUUGCCAACUAUCUGCAGAGUCAAUAGCUAAAGACCUCCAAACUUUGUGUGGCCUUCAGAUUAGCACAACAGUCCAUAGAGAGCUUCAUUGAAUGGGUUUCCAUGGCCAAGCAGCUGCAUCCAAGCCUUACAUCACCAAGUGCAAUGCAAAGCAUCGGAUGCAGUGGUGUAAAGCACGCCUACA